AUGUGGAUAUGCCAGGAUUUUUAUCGAAAAGAAAUUGAAGUCGAUGGAGAACCUGCCUAUUUAGAAAUAUUAGAUACAGCUGGUACUGAACAGUUUGCUUCUAUGCGUGAUUUGUACAUUAAAAACGGUCGUGGUUUUUUAGUGAUAUUUAGUUUAACAAAUUGGCAAAGUUUCUUAGAUAUACGAACUGUACGCGAACAAAUAUUGAGAGUUAAAGGAACCGAUAAUGUACCAAUAUGUUUAGUCGGAAAUAAAAAUGAUGCUUUAACACAACGUGAAGUAUCACAACAAGAUUCAUUAAAUUUAGCACAAUUAUGGAGCUGUCCUUAUAUUGAAACAUCAGCCAAAACAUCGUCAAAUGUAAACGAAAUGUUUGCUGAAAUUGUUAGAGAAAUUAAUUCACGUUUAAAAUUAAAGAAAAAUAAACGAAAAAAGACAAAAUCAUCAUCGAUGUUAACCUGUUGUUCAACACUAUAA